AUGAUUCAGACUCCCUCAAUACCUCAUGUCCCUGCUUCUGCAGGGGCGUCACCAAUCCUGGCUGCGCUUCGUGAAGCUGGCGGCGUGAUUAUCGAGCAGCUGCUUUCAAAGGAUCAGGUGGCAACGAUCAACCUGGAAGUUGAGCAGCCACUGAAAGUGCUAGCCCCAGGCUCGACACACGAUUCGGAGGCGAUCAAAAUUUUUCAUGGAUCAAAUACCAAGCGCCUUACUGGACUAACCACCGCGAGCAAGGGAUUUAGAGAUUAUUUGCUCGAUCACGAUCUUGUCCACGACUUGUCGGAGCAAAUCUUCCACGCAGAAUCCGGCACUUACUGGUUGACUGGCGCGCAACUCAUCGAGAUCGGACCGGGGAAUCCGGCUCAGGUGCUUCAUCGCGACCAGGGACAAUACCAGGUCUUUAACAACAUAGGCCCUACCGCGCCUGAGGCCAUCAUCAACUUCCUGGUAGCCCUGACGGAUUUUACGCCAGAAAAUGGCGCUACCCGAGUCAUUCCUGGUUCUCACAAGUGGCCCGAUUUCGCGGAACAUGGAACACCGGAAGAUACUGUGCCUGCGGUGAUGAAAGCCGGCGAUGCAUGUUUCAUCCUAGGAAAGACCGUUCAUGGCGGGGGAGCUAACAGGACUUCUUCAGAGAAGCGAAGAGCCAUCUCAUUCGCAUUCCAGGCCUCUUACCUCACCCCAGAAGAGGCGUACGUCCAUAUCACACCACCUGAGAUCGUGAGGAAACUGAGUCUGCGAGCACAACGCAUGAUUGGCUUCAGGUCGCAAUACCCCAAAAACAGUCCUGGUCUUUGGCAGGCCAAUUAUUCCGAGAUUGGCGAUCAGAUUGGAUAUCCUGGGGUUGAAGAGACAGUGGAGAAGGUGAAGGCCAUGUACCGAGCAGGGUGA